AUGUUGGGAAGAGGUAGCAAGUGCGUACUGAGUCGAGACUUCAUCAGUAGGUUCCCUAGAUGCGUUUCGACGAAGUACCCUAGGCCAACACCACGGCCGUACCGCCGUAGGCUUUUUGAAGCAGCUGUAUUGCCUGUCGUACCAGAGGUCCGAGUGGUUUGCCCCUCGCAAAAGGAAUAUCUUGAGGAGAAGAGGAAGCAAUAUGAAGAGUACACAGAUAUAGAGCUUGCGCUGGUGGACCACGUCAAGAAAUGGAUCAAAACUGAAGGGUUCCGGACCAUUGCAAUAUGUCAACUGCUUUCCGUAAAAGGUCCGAUAAAGUGGCUUGCGAAAAACCAAUUUCGACUCAACGGAUUAGAAUUUCGUGAGUACGGUAAACGCAUAAUGAAGAAGAUUUUCGAAAAUACACCUUUUCAAACGCUUUAUUUUCUUUUUGAUGGACCGCACAACUGCUAUUUGUUUGGAAAGGAUGCCGAAUCAAUAACAGCUGUUAUUAGAGAAUGCAAAAAAUAUCCCUGGAUUGAACCUUUAGUUAUUCCGGUAAAAGAGGCAGAAGAAUUGUGUAAACUACGUUCGUUAGAUGAUUUACGCAGUGAAACGCUCCUCAUUUCUGCUUCAGUUCCAUUACAAGAAAUUUCUACAAGUUUAGGAACUAUUACUUCUUCACUUGAAAAAGAUGGUAGAGAAAUGAAGUAA